AGCUGGGGGCGGGGGUGUCGGAUAAGGCGCUUUAUUUCCAUUCAUAUAGGAUAUACUGUAGUGGGCUCAUCGCUCCAGACCCAACCACUAGCACAGGGACAGAGACCCCGGGUGGUCUCCCGGGCUGGAAAGACUUAAAAAGAACCAGAGGGGCACGACUUUUGGAUAGGAAACUAAUAAAAAUGUGCAACAUUUAGCAGCUUAGGUGAACCUGGACUGACGGAAUUCAUUGCGCUACAGUAGCCUAGUAUCUGGCUGCCUGUGGCCACCAAGUACCUAUACCCGUUGUGAAAGCUUUGGAUUCUGCUGAACAAAGACUGAAAGAGAAAAUACCGGGCAAAUAUGUCAGUACCGGUUUGUUUGCUUUGCUUUUCUCAUCUCGUCUUCAUCUGUCUCCUGGUGGAUGUCUCAGAAGGAUAUUUUCGAUCUCAUCGUAACUUUAAGGAAGCCGACUGGUCCUAUACAGGAACUUUGCAUCAAAAAAACUGGGAAAGAAAGUAUCCAGCUUGUAGUGGUGGAAAGCAAUCACCCAUAAAUAUUGAUGGGGACCUUACACAAGUAAAUCUGAAUUUCAGGGACCUGACAUUUGAAGGCUGGGAAAAAGAAACAUCAGAAAGUACAAUGAUUCACAAUAAUGGCAAAACAGUGGAUAUUAAUUUGGAAGAUGAAUUGUAUCUGAUCGGAGGUGGACUUACAUCAAGGUAUAAAGUUGGCAAGAUAAUAUUCCACUGGGGAAGAUGCAAUGCUUCUUUGGAUGGAUCAGAGCAUAGUCUAGAUGGGCAGAAAUUCCCUCUGGAGAUGCAGAUCUACUGCUUUGAUGAAGAUCGUUUCAAAACUGUCGAUGAAGCUAUGAAAGGUCAUGGGAAAAUGAAAGCCUUAUCUGUUUUGUUUGAGGUUGGUCCAACAGAUAAUAUUGCUUAUCAGUCUAUCAUCGAUGGUGUGAACAGUGUCAGUCGCUUUGGGAAACAAUCUGUUUUGCAGCCAUUUGUCUUGCUGAGUCUACUGCCAAACUCCACAGACAGGUAUUACAUAUACAACGGCUCAUUGACAAUGCCACCGUGCACAGAAAUGGUGGAAUGGAUUGUAUUUAAAGACACUGUCUCUAUCUCAUUAACACAGCUGGAAACAUUUUGUGAAGUCCUUACAAUGCAGCAGUCUGGUUAUGUCAUGUUGAUGGAUUAUUUACAGAACAAUUUCAGAGAGGAACAAUAUCAGUUCUCGGGACAGGUUUAUUCAUCAUACACAGGAGAAGAAGUUCAUGAGCAAGUUUGCAGCUCAGAGCCAGAAAAUGUCCAAGCAGAUGCAAAGAAUUACACCACCAUUCUUGUGCUCUGGGAAAGACCUCGUGUUGUAUACGAUGCAAUCAUUGACAGCUAUGCAGUCUCUUAUCAACAGUUAGUGGGAUAUGACCAAACAUUGCAUCAGUACCUAACAGAUGGUGACCAAGAUACGGGAGCUCUGUUGUCAAAUUUAUUGCCAAAUACCAGCUACAUCAUUCAAGUGAGUGCAAUAUGUACCAAUGGUCUUUCUGGCCGCAAGAGUGACAGAGUGAUUGUUGAUAUGCCUUUGGAUGAUCCAGAGAUUAUCCUUUUUCCAGAAUAUAAUGAAAUGGAUGACCUCUCAGGUGACUUCACGGUAGUCGAAGAUGUGAUUAUGAAAACUACUGGAAAAGAUAAAACAGUCACGGGAACUGAAACAAACAGCCCAACACCGGCAACUGUGUCAAACAACAUGAAUGAAAUCAUUGGAAACCUUUCUAAGGAAGAUCAGUCUAAGAUUAAUUCAAAUAGUCUUAUUAACUCUGUUUUUUCUACCACUUCAUCAGCUUCACUGAUAAAUGAUAAAAACUUGUCACUUAUGGAUUCCAAGACAGGAUCUCCAUAUCUUGAUUUGUUACAGUCAACAACUGAUUCAGCUAUUGACACAUACUUUGAAAAUGAUUCAAAAUCUCACCAAAAGGAAUUGCAUAUCACAGAUGGUAGUGGUUCAUCUGAAGAAUCAUUCCUGACAUCACCAACUGACAUACCUAAAGAUGCAUACGUACACAGUUCAGGCUCUCCUGUAUCACAUGUUGGACAGAUCUUUCCGGAAGACUUGUCACAGACAGGAAGCUCAUUGGAUGAGUUUUCUGGUACAGGUAUCCUCAAUGCUACCAUAUCAGCUUUAAAUAUGACACAUCUUUCCAAUCAUGAUUCAGCUGCCUCCAGUGCUGAACUCGUUAAAAGUACACCUUCACAUGCUGACGUUACUGAGCACAUGGCAACGGCUUCUGCAAAAACUUAUAUUAACUUAGAUGGCAAAGAAUUGCUGCAAAGAAGACCUACUAAUUCCACCAGCAACAAAGACUCAAGGCCAUCUACAGCGUCUUACAACAGUGGUGAGACAGUGUUACAAGGUACUUUACUUAAUGAACUAGAAAUGCCUUAUAAUGCCUCUUCUUUUUCAACCUCUGAGGUAUUGCUUCAUUCUCCUUCUUCAAGCUUUAUGCAGACUUUCCAACAUAAUUCCGUUUCUUCUGUAAGUGAAGUCCUUUUGCAGACAACUCAAUGGCUAUUUAAUGGUGAGCUAUCUCUUCCGUCUUCCUUCAGUACUGAUGUUCUUCCCUUUGUCACCUCUCCAUUGUCUGACCAUGUAUUGUUGCCUAAAACUGUCCCUGCCUCCUCAGAUAUUGACUUUAUCCUGCAUGCAACAGUUGUAUCACCCAGUGCUGAAGUGUCCUAUCAGUCAACCCUGUCCUCCUCUACAGAUGUACCUUUGCUUAAAAUACCCCCUACCUCUACCAGUAGUGACCCGUCUCUUCAUAUGUACACUCCUUCUGAAACUCAAGCAGUGCUGGAGGUUACAACACUUCCAACUAGUGCUAAGGUAUUGGACUAUGAUAAUUCAUUGAUUCAGUCAAUCCCUAAUUUGCCUGUUGACGUGAUGCCCCAUCAAACUACCUCAUCUGCUUCUGAGACUUCUAUUCAAGGUGAAGGGUCUAACUCACCUAGUGAAAAUCUGAUAUGGAUAAAUGAUACUUCAGACAACAAUGACCUGAUGAAGCGUGCAACACCUGUUUUGUCCAGCUCUUGUUAUACCUCCCCUAGACACACUGAUGUCCAUCAGACCACGACCACCUUUGACUUUGCAUUAUUUAGGCCUUUUUCUGGUGAUGAUUUUCUUGAAGCUUCUUCCUCUAUGCCUGAUGCUGCUAUACUAAGUUCUGAACUGCCUUUUGUGCCCAACAUGGGCACCCUGCUUCAGUCUUCAUCAUCAGCUUCUACUAAGGUUAAGUUGUCUGACAUUACUCGUACAUUUGAUAAUAAACAUUUGUUUUCAGAUACUGAUGCACUAAUGGAAAAUAGCGUGAUGUUUUUAGGUACAACAUCUCUUUCAACAGAUACCUUAAGUUAUACCAUGUUAAGUAAUAUGGAUGAGACAGUUCAGCUCACCCAUAUUCCUUCUAGGGAAAAUACUGUAUCACAUGUUGAAUCUACUUCUCCUAAAAGCAGAGUAGUUAUACCUAAUAUUGUCAAUUAUGGAAGUAUGGGGACAAUGGGAGUUUCUUUUAGUGCUUCCAGCAAAGACACAUUAGUACAUGAUUCAUCUUUGUUUGUACAAGAGACUUUGCUUCCCCUUUCCCAUGAAAAAUCACUGCCACGAUCUUUCAUGCUAUUCUCUACCAAAAUGCCAUCACAUGAUGAUGAUGAAGAUGAAUUUUCUGGGGAUAAGUUUGAAGCUCGGCCUUUGCAUGUUUCAGCUAUAGAUUUUAACAGAUUGCUUCCAACACCUACCCUUGAAACUGCAUCUGUAAAUGUAACUGCUAAGACUGAUAAUGUCCAAACAUUGCCUUCUACAAUACAAGGGACUCUUUUUGCUUCGGGAACUGAAACAGACUUGCAUUCUGUUCCUCAGACAUAUGAUUCUUUACCUGUGUCAUCCCUAAAUUUGCAAAGUAUUACAAUGUACAAUGAAGCUAAAAGACUGCCUGAGGACAAAGAAUUUCAUUUGCAGCCUACUUUAGCAACUAACAACCUUUUGCUGCAGAUAAUGACAGAAGUAUCCAAAGAUGAAGACAAAACAACUUUUUCAUCAUCCUUAAAUGUUGAUAACGCAUACACCUUGCAUACUGAUAAGCAUGUUGUUCCUCUACAAAGCUCAGUGAUUUCUCAUUCCAGUGAUACAACCCUUCCAGUCAGAUUUCCCACUGGUGAUGGUUUGCAUCAGGUUUCUUAUUCUUCUCAGAAUAAAAAUAUCUUGCUGCAACCAACCUACUUGAAAGCUGUUUCUCCCAGCAGUGAGGACCCUGUUACGUUAGUCCAGUUACUACUUCCCUCAAAAUCAUCUGUUACAUCUUUAAGUGCCAGUUAUGGUACCAGUUUUCGGACAUAUAUAGCUAAAGAUGAUUUUCCUGUAACAAAGGGUGUAUCGUCAACAGCAUACCUGAAUUCAGAAGACAGAUCAGUAGAUCAUCAAAGUACAAGGUCACUAAAUACUGUAAUGAACCAAAGUAGUGCAUUGGAAAGGGUAAGUUUGGAACAAUAUUCAUUUUCUCAGGCACAGAACCUUCCAGCUACUACACCUGUAAGUCAGAUCACCAUUAAUCAUACCUUAUUUAAUACCACCGCAACAUUAUUAAAUGUAGAACCAAAGAUGCACGAAUUUGCACAGAAAACUCAAAUGCAUUUUACUGAUGUCACAGUGAAGAACAAAACAGAGGCAGAAACAUUGCCCAUUUUCCCAGAAGAAGAGAGUGGCUCUGGUCAAAGUCCAUCAGAUAGCCUAAGCGAUAAUGACACCUCAACAGACUUCAUUCUUGAUGACACAUAUAGAGAAUCAGAAGGUAAUGAUGGAGCAGGUAAAGCAGAAAUAGUUCCUGGAACAUCACAUGCACCAGAAUCAUCUCUAACUAAUGAUCUUUCUGCAACUAUAUUCAACGUUUCUGAGGCAGAGGCCAGCAACAGCAGUCAUGAGUCUCGCAUUGGUCUAGCAGAGGGUCUAGAAUCAGAGAGGAAAACUAUUAUCCCACUGGUCAUUGUAUCUGCUAUGACUUUUCUGUGUCUGGUGGUGCUUAUUGCAAUCCUUAUAUACUGGAGGAAAUGUUUCCAGACAGCCCAUUUCUAUGUGGAUGAGAGUACAUCCCCAAGAGUGAUUUCUACUGAACCAGAACCGCUCCUUCAAGAAACAGAUGCUCUAGAAACAAUUCCGUUACAAGAGUUUCCAAAAGUUGUUGCAGAUCUCCAUGCAAGAAAUGGGUUUACUAAAGAAUUUGAGACGCUGAAAGAGUUUUAUGAGGACGUCCAGAGCUGCACAGUUGACAUGGGUAUUACAAGUGACAGUUCAAACCAUCCAGACAACAAGAAUAAAAAUCGCUACAUUAACAUUGUUGCUUAUGAUCACAGCAGAGUGAAACUUUCACAGCUUGCAGACAAAGAUGGGAAAAUAACUGAUUAUAUCAAUGCGAACUAUGUUGAUGGCUAUAAAAGGCCAAAAGCAUACAUUGCAGCUCAAGGACCUUUGAAAUCAACUGCAGAAGAUUUCUGGAGAAUGAUCUGGGAAAAUAACGUUGAAGUGAUUGUAAUGAUAACUAACCUAAUUGAAAAAGGAAGGAGAAAGUGUGACCAAUAUUGGCCAUCUGAAAGCAGUGAAGAAUAUGGGACAUUUUUAAUAACACUGAAGAGUUCAAAAGUACAAGCUUAUUACACAGUGCGACAUUUCACAGUUAGGAAUAUCAGAAUCAAGAAGGGAUCACAAAAAGGAAGACAAAGUGAGCGCACUGUCAGCCAAUAUCACUAUACUCAGUGGCCCGACAUGGGUGUUCCAGAAUAUACUCUCCCAGUUCUAACAUUUGUGAGAAAAUCAUCCUCAGCUAAAAGCAGUGAUUCAAGCCCUGUAGUCGUACAUUGCAGUGCUGGAGUUGGAAGAACAGGAACCUACAUUGUACUGGAGAGUAUGCUACAACAAAUAGAAGAUGAAAAUACUGUGAAUGUACUUGGAUUUUUAAAGCACAUACGUACCCAAAGAAACUAUUUGGUGCAGACUGAGGAGCAGUAUAUCUUUAUUCAUGACGCACUGGCUGAGGCAAUAGUCAGUAAGGAUACAGAAGUAUCUGCAAGUCACAUACAUGCUUAUGUUAAUGCUCUGUUAACUCCUGGUCCAUCGGGGAAUACAAGGCUGGAGGAACAGUUCAAGCUGCUAAACCAGUCCAGUGUCAAACAGAGUGACUAUUCAGCUGCAUUUAAACCUUGCAACAAAGACAAGAACAGAAGCAUGUCGAUUAUUCCUGUGGAACGAACUAGAGUUUGUAUUUCAUCAACAUCUCUGACUCAGGGUGAAGACUAUAUCAAUGCUUCAUAUGUUAUGGGAUAUCAUCAAAGUAACAAAUAUAUAAUUACCCAGCAUCCGCUACCACAUACCACAAAGGAUUUUUGGAGAAUGAUUUGGGAUCACAACGUACAAACAGUAGCCAUGUUAUCAGAUCUGCAGAAUUUGGAUGAAGAUAAAUGUAUUUACUGGCCUAACAAAGAUGAACAAAUGAACUGCGAUACCUUUACCAUUUCUAUGAGUGGGGAAAGUAAUAUAUGUCUUUCAAAUGAAGAAAAGAUUGUUAUUAAAGAUUUUAUUUUAGAAGCAACACAGGAUGACUAUGUCCUGGAAGUGAAACACUAUCAGUGUCCAAAGUGGCCGAACCCAGACAGCCCAAUCAGUAAAGUGUUUGAGCUUCUCACCAUGAUCAAGGAAGAAACGGCUCCUAGAGACGGACCACUGGUCGUACAUGAUGAAAACGGUGGUGUGACAGCAGGAACAUUUUGUGCUUUGACAACCCUUGCACAACAACUAGAAAAUGAAAAUUCUGUGGAUGUAUAUCAAGUGACCAAAAUGAUCAAUUUAAUGAGACCAGGGGUCUUCACAGAUAUUGACCAAUAUCAGUUCCUCUACAAAGCGAUUCUCAGCCUUGUCAACAAAAAAGAUGAUGAGAAUUCCAUAGCUGCAACAAGCAACAAUAUAUUUCUGCCAGAUGACAAUAAGAAAGAAAGCUUAGAAACUUUAGUUUAAUCUGAAGAAGCAUUCUGGCCUGGACUCAGUAUUCCCAUUUCUUUUUAUAUAAAUUAUGGUGGGACUCUUUUGAGAACUUAUGUCCCUCUGGAGCAUUCCUUCAUGGUGUUCUUCAUUUUUCUGCUCAACUUACAUUCUUGACAAUGUGUGCCUUUUCAAGAAAACAUUUUUCUCUGCAUACAUGUCAAUUGCAUUUACUUCAAUUCUCCAUUUUUAUAAUGGAACAUGUAGUUGAAUUCUCAUUCAGUAUUAAUAUAUGUUCUUCACUUCCAGGUUAUAUAGCUAAGGAGAUGUAUUUUAAGGGCUUCAAUGUAGUGUUUCAUUUUUAUGAUUGUUUCAUAAUAAACUGGACUUAAGUCUGAUAAUUUCUAGUAGCUAAAACGAACUGUUUAAAUAGUAAACUGUACUGUGUAUAAAAUGUCAUUUUCAUACUGAUAAACAUUUCAAAGAAAGAUUGCAGCGGCCACUUUGGUCAGUAAUAUGCUAACGUUAAUGUAAAUACUCUGCCAUUAGGGACCAAGACCAUGAACCAAAUUUCUAUUUAUAACUGUAGAUUAUAUUUUACUACAAAGCUUGUUUUUAGACAUUUGGACAAGUCUUAACUGUAUUGCUAAGAUAAUUUAAUUUAUACUUAAUUCUUUAAUGUUUGUUAGUCUGUAAUUUGCUUUCCUGUUGUAUGACUGGUUACAGUAAGUAAUUUUAAUAGUCUGCUAAUGAAAAAAAGAGCUGACAAUGGUCCUGUACAAUAUUGGGAAAUACAAAUAAUUUUUACAUCAAUUAACACUAAAAUAGGCAGUUUUACAAAGUUCUCACAAAAAGUGAAACAGUGCUUCUUCCCCCUGUUUUUUACACAAUCAGUAAAACAUUUUAGAAUACUUUGUAUGGUUAAAGAUGUGAAACAUGAAGUAAACAAAAUGAAUAAUAAGUUGUAAUUAUGAUGCUGCCUACUACUUUUUAGAAACUAUUUUGGUAUGUGCAGUGCAUCUGGCCAUUUUUAAUAAAAUCUUGCUUUUUGUUUUGUAAAAUUGUCUGCUGGCAGUCAUAUGCCUACAAGGGCAUUUGCAUGUUAUUGAAUAAAAUACUGAUUAAUUGUA